AUGCCCGCCAAGGCAAGCAAGGCCAGCAAACGCAAGCGUGGCAAAAGUGCAAUUCGAGCUCAACCUGUGGUCCCACAGCCACUGCAUCCAAAUACAAAGCUCGACUUAGCUCUCAGCACUCAAAUAGUCCAAACAGCCGUGGCCGCUAUCUUCUUCCAGAUCAUUCACAUUAGGAAAGUGUUUAAAGACCACCCUUGGCAGCCACGAAUUUAUCACCCAGAGGAUCCCAACAAUUCAUACGAUGCCUACGUCAACCGUCAAGAUUUCGCACCCCCUCCACACGAAUACAUGUAUUGGCGUGUUCCAAAGCGCGGUGAGGGCGAACAGGUCGAUAAAUUAAUGAAUGUUCUUGAAUCCGUUGCAAAAGAGCCCAUUGAGAAGAGAUACUUGCAAAAGCUUCAGCUAUGCUUUCAUACAGCUGACGGACAAGAAGUAUCCGAAAAUAACCUCAUCGAGUCAUACUGUUUGACAUUCGAAUAUGUGAACGGCAGGGCUUCCUCGCGGCUGAGUGAACGGGUCAGGAAUGCAGUAACCCAAGAGUUCACGACUUUGGUUCUGUCUGAAGGUCGCCGAAAGCUCAUUGAUAUGGCCGAAGAGUUAUUCAAGCGUCUAGGUCACACUGAUAGGUUUGGGAGAUUGACGCAGUAUCCGUUACCAGGCAAGUUCUCCGAUUAUCGUUUGAAUAUACUCGCCGAGUAUAACGACUCUGCUCCUACAAGUUAUCAACCGACCUAUUUCAAGCCCGGUAAUUUAGCCACAGAAGCUCUUUUGAGUCUCUGCAAUAGUGAUCCGGAGCUCUCGAUGGACACAGGCCACCAUAGAAUCUCUGCAGGACUGCUUCUUCCAAGCUCUGGAAGUUCUCCAGCGCGUAUGCCACAAAGACAAAUACUCGCACACAGUAACACCUCGCCAGCCGAGUCGAGGGCGCCUUCACAACCCAUCGGUAGACUAGAGUCGAGCCAACCUCCCCAGAAACGUGGACAUUACCUUCGUCUUGGUUCCAUCAAUGGCGAUGGAAUCCAGAGGGAAAUGUCACAUCGGCUCCAAACCAUGGGUGAUUCUAGAGCUCAACACCAUUUCACUCAAGAUACUCAACACCUUCAAAAAGACCAAUCACUACCUCGUCAAUCCCAGCAAGCUCAAUCUGAGCCAGUCGUUGCCCCUCCAUACACGCAAGACAUCAUGAACUAUUUUAAUAGUCGCUUGGCAGAGCACACAGGUGCUGCAGGUGAUGAUGAUCUCGACGGACCUCAAAGUAUCGGCUACAAUGGUGACCGUAUUGUCGAGUGUGAAUGCGGCUGCCAAGAGAAUGGUCCGUCAAUGAUAUACUGCGUGGACUGCCGACGUUCCCAGCACUCGGAAUGCUAUGGAUAUCUAGAUGGCGAAGGACCCUCGAACCAUCUUUGUUACAGUUGUUUGGCGGAAAUAUACAAGGAAGAGAAACAACAGAUCACCGCUGCUUCUGAACUUUGUGUAGGACGUCACAUUUUGUGGUUCCUGCGUAAUAAACGCGUUGCAGUCUCUUUCUCAGAGCUUGUUGAUUACUUGGGUCGUAGUCUCGAGUUCACUGAGGAGCUCAUGGAAGUCCUGGAGCUUUCUGGUUUCGUUCAAAAGCUCAACAAGACCAAACAGCUUCGCAAUCAAACUUUCCGAUAUAUUGGCAAUGACGACUCCUUGCGUGAGGAAUACUUCCAGCCGCAGAGAUAUAUCAACCAUUUGUUUGCAAUUCCAGAUGCACCCCGUCUAGGAAAGCUUGCAGACCCAAAGUCUUCAAUUGCCCUUGACGAUUUCAAUACACCCAAUGCCAAAGCUUCAGGUCCAGCACACGUGUUCGACGAUGGCACGACGGAAGGAGAGCCGAGUCCUCGACUCUCGACAUGCGGAACACCCUUACCAAGUGACAAUGAGUUUCAUCAUCUGCAGAGCAUUGCACGACGCGGUUUGCUCUUCAGUCCAAACGAAACUGGUAGGCGUGCCUCGAAGCGCUUCGCAGAAUCCCAUUCUCCAGUCGAAGCUGUCAAGCGCAUGAGAACUUCUCGAGCCAGCCCCAUUCUCGAGUCCACGGGAUUGAAUUGA